GCGAAACAAACAGGAUGGCCGUGACCGAUAGCGGCGCAGCAGCACGGUAGUCAAGGGAGCGAACAAAACUCGUGUGCUUCUGCAAUGCACUUGAUUUCGAAUUCGUUAUCUAAAUUCGGAGCUUGAGCCCUCUAGGGCAUUAGGUGUAGUGCACUGUUAUCGCUGCUUAGUCGUAGUACGAGGCACAGCACUUUGCGACUCAGCACCGUAUCCACUGCACGUUGGCACUUUUGUGAAAGAGUAACACUGUACGAAGCAGUCAAUGACGGUUCUUUUUCAAGAAUCGGAAUUACCGUCGAAACAACGCUGAUUCAACGCACAACAGAUCAAGAAGUCCACGGAGGGAAGGCUGCCUCAGCAAAACUGCUUCACGGUUGUGUCUCAUGCUGCACUCUAUUCAGCCUAGGCUUCAGUCAGCGCUUGAGAGCCACCGCUUGAGAGCCACCGCUUGCGUUUGCUGUCGCACCAUGCAGACUGGUGGCGAAAAAUUCGCAACACCAUGGCGUCACAAUCCUGAGUGAUCAGUGGAUGAACCACACAACCGAGAAUUUGCGACAAUAAGAUAUUCUACAAUUUGCCAGUCGAGAUAUCGCCAUGGCCGGGGGCUCACGGGUUCGACGCUGGAACGGCUGUGCGCACGUACCUCAACAUGGUCCGGACAGUGUGCACAGCUGGCUCGUCGCCGGUGCCUGCGCCCUGGCAUGCUUCUUCGCAAUGGCUGGGAGGCGUUCGGCGGGAUUCCUCUUUGUGGCCAUCCUGGACACCUUUCAAGUAAACAGGAGCGACGGAUCGUGGCCCAUCAUGCUCAUGGGAGGGCUCGUCUACUUGGCAGGACUCAUCACAGGACCACUGGCACACAGGUUCAAUGCACGGCCCGUCAUCAUUGCAGGAGCGGUGAUUUCAGGCAUUGGUGCUAUGCUGAGUUUUUUUCCCAACAGCAUCGCCACGAUGACAGUGACACUCGGAGUGAUACAUGCCAUCGGUGCCGGUAUGGUGUUCGUCGUCUCACCGACCAUAAUAAGUGAGCACUUCGUCAAGCACAAAGGCCUCGCAAUGGGCAUCAACUUCACCGGGGUCACGAUGGGCACGUUUGUCUUUCCCAAGCUUCUGGAGUACCUCACCAAGACGUACGGCUUGCGCGGUGCAUUGCUUAUCUUCGGUGCCAUUGUGAUGAACGGACUCGCAUUCAGCCUGUUCCCGCGAACACCGAAGUGGCGAAGCGCACCUGCCGGUGCGCCGGCUUCGCAGGCCGCUUCAAAAGGCGACAGCAAGCAGGGGACGUUGCGGCACGGGCUCACCGUGUUCAAGCAUCCAAUCUUUUAUCUCGUCAUGUACAGCUUCAUUGUUCACAGCUUCGGGUUCGAGUGCUACAUAUCGUUGUUCGUGGACUUCGCCGUGGAUCGAGGCGUGGCCGUUUCCAGCGCGGUUACCAUGGUGUCGAUGGGAGCCAUAGCCGAAGCCCUCGGCAGGCUCACACUGCCGGCAGCCGUCGACCGUGGCUGGCUGACCAACAAGCAGCUGAUCGUGCUCAUAUUCGCCGUCCAGGGUGCUAUGUUCAUACUGCUUCCAUUCCUCUACGUCCACGGGCUCCUCUUCGCCGUGGCUGCCAUCAUCGCCUACACAAUAGGCACUGGCCUAGUGCUGUUUCCUGUCAUCCUCGCUAUUUAUCUUGGCCUGGAAAGAAUGUCCAUGGCAUACGGGAUGGUCAUCGCAUCGGCUGGCCUGCUGUCAUUCAUAAAGCCCUCGGUUAUAGGACACUUCCGAGACCACGUCGGAGCCUACGAUGCCCUCUUCGUCAUCUGCGGAUCACUCAUCGCGUUUGCAGCUAUAAUGUGGGUUCUUGUGUUCACGUGGGAGGCAAGAGCGAGGAAAAGAGAAAUUGCUGGCAAACGCAGUUCUGCGGGAGAUGCCGAGGCCGCCACAAAAAUGUAGCAAUUAGAAGACGACCCUAGUUAAUUGGGGGUCGUCUACUCCAGCACCACGUUUCAUUGUAGUUGGACAAUGACAGACGCGGGCUACUCAAUGCAAGAAUCGGCUAGCUCAAGAGAUAAAAGCUUACCCCCUGUUUCUGUGCAUGUUUAGCAAGAGAAAAAGUGUUACCAUAGCUUUCCUCAAUUUACACGAGAGAAAGGUAGCAUCGAGAGGACAUCUCUUACGCAUACAUUUUAACAUCGUAUGUCAUCGUCAUCUUCAUCACAUUACACAAGACAACAAGGAGAGAUAUACUCCUUCAGGAUUGUUUGAAGUACAAACUAUCGCAACCAUUGCGCUCUGACGCGCACAUAGCGCUAUCGUAUUUACUUUUGUUUUUUCGCUCUUCUUUUCCUGUCCUCCUACUGCUGGGGUUCUUAUGAAAUGAAGUGCACUUCUGUAUUCUAUCCCCUUCCCUUAUACAGAGUAGCAUGUCAGCUUCUUUGUGUACGCUUGCAGAAUGUCUGUUUUGCAUUGAAAAGCUUUUUCUCUAUAUCUCUUUCCAAGCUUUUACAGAUUUUAUCACAGAGUUCAUCGAGGGGUGGCACUCGUACGCAAUUUUAACGCUUAUCUUUUGUAUAUAGACUAUUCUCUUUUUUAACGAACACACCAUGUUUUUUUAUACAUGACUGUUUUUUUUGUGCCUUGGCAAAAAAAAAGGGGGGGGAUUCGAUAUAUCAAUCUAGAAGACUGUCCAGCUUUUGGGAAUGACUACUUACGUACUAGUUCUCUGCGUUUGUGCUGACUUGACUUUUUCCUGGUGUCCAUGUUUGCGAGCCCAGUAUUUCAUAUAGCUGUGAGCCCUCGACCUUGGAGCAUCGACCUGGACGUUUGCAUACGUAUGGCAGAAGCGUAUCCUGUGGGCUAUGUUCAGAAACGCCGGUUGAAUAAAGUUACUGCACCAAGACUUGCAACAA